UCCACACGAGCAAAGGAGUAUGAGCAAAUGGCGUCUCACAGGUGGAGAUUGUUGCGUCAAAUUUCCGAAAAUAAUGACUGAACUGUCGCAAUAACUAUGAAAUACCCUUGAAACACGAUUUCCACCGAAUGUGAUAAAAAUAUGAAUGAAGCGAGUGGGGGAAAGGAAGAAUCGAAUACACCGACUUGGGACGCACUGUCAAAUAUCCAGACUUCGGGAGUUGGCGGUACGAUGCACCAUCAUCAUUCCCAUCCCCAUCCUCAUCCACAUCCCCAUCCCCAUCCCCAUCUCAUACACCACAAGACGAUGAUGCAGCAGGAGCAGGCAGUUUCUGCUGUUAGCCAGGUAAUCGUACCAACGCCGGUUAAACUACAGGCGCAAACGCUUACGCAAACGGCGGGAAUAGUCGAGCAUCUUCCACCCAUGUCACAUGUACCACAGCAAAUCAUACCAAUGGCACAGGUAGUACUACCAAGUACAUUUCCAGAGCCAGAGCUCAGUGGAGAAUUGCAGCAGCAGGGGUGGAAGCGCUUCUGGUCGAAGCGAGAGAAUCGGCCAUACUUCUGGAAUAAAUUAACAGGGGAAUCCCUGUGGGUGAUGCCCUCGUUGAAACCCCAAUUUGACCCGAUAACAGAUCCCCUGGGUAUCUGUGGAGGGGGACCAGUGGUCCCAGGGAACGGUCCUCUGCCUCCAGGUACGCCAGGUGGACCCCUGAAGCGUCGAGCCUCUGAGGACGGUGGGACAGUGCCAGGGCUGGGUCCAGGUGCGAUAAAAAAAUUUGUCCUGGCAGGUCCCUGGGAUUUGGAGGUCGGCACCAACGUGAUAAUCUAUGAGAGAGCCCAAUCGACGCUCUUCCAGAUCCAUCCGGACGUCGAGGCACUACGUUGCAGCCUCCUGGCGAAGCUGCGCCAGUGCUACCAGGAGCUGUGUCACACCAGGGAGUCCAUAGAUGCCCCAAAGGAUUCAUUUAAUCGAUGGCUGAUGGAAAGAAAGGUCAUCGAUUGUGGCUCUGAUCCCCUCCUCCCCAGCCAGUGUUUCCCAGAAAUUUCUAUGUCGAUGUAUCGAGAGAUAAUGAAUGAUAUCCCCAUUAAAAUAGUUCGGCCAAAGUUCACGGGAGACGCGAGGAAACAGCUGUCGAGAUACGCAGAGGCUGCCAAGAAGAUGAUCGAAUCGAGAGCGGCUUCCUCAGAGAGCAGAAAAGUUGUCAAGUGGAAUGCCGAGGAGACAUUUCAGUGGCUUCGCAAAACCGUAGGGGCAACCUUCGACGACUUCCAGGACAGGCUCUCCCACCUGAAGCACCAGUGCCAGCCCCACCUCACUGAGACCGUCAAAGGCAGUGUCGAGGGUAUUUGCAUGAAGAUUUAUAAUCUCUCUGCUGAGUACGCCAAGAAGGUCAGGGAUAAGAACAAUCAGAUUAUCAAGGACAGUGGGCUGAGUGAUAUUCUCAGGCCUAAUGCUCCUCCUCAGAGAAAGGUCUGGUGCUAUCCCGUACAGUUUGUACUGCCUGCUCCCAGAUUACCCAAUGUCGAGUAUCUCCCUGAGAGGGAGCAGACAAUGCUUCGAUUCCAUGGUGACACCGUCUGCAUCAAUAAUCAUCAUCUUACGAAAUUGGAGCACUUGUACCGGUACAACUGCUUUGACGACAAGAAAUUUGAGAUGUUCUUGCCGAGAGUGUGGUGUGCCUUGAAGAGGUACCAGACGUAUCUGGGGCCGAACGAGGGUCAAGCGACGCAGAUGGCUCUCCCAGUGAGUGUCUUCGAGUGCCUUCAGAGGUCCUUCGGCGUGACAUUCGAGUGUUUCGCUUCGCCUUUCAAUUGCUACUUCAGACAGUACUGCUCAGCCUUUGGGGAUACCGACUCGUACUUCGGUUCGAGAGGACCCUUCCUGGACUUCAGGCCCAUGACUGGCUCCUUCGAGGCGAAUCCACCGUACUGCGAGGAGCUCAUGGAGGCUAUGGUGAAUCAUUUUGAGAGGCUCCUGGCCGAUUCCACAGAACCCCUGUCAUUCAUUGUCUUUCUACCUGAGUGGAGAGAUCCUACGCCUAAUGCUCUAAUCAAGCUCGAGGCCAGUCACUUCAAGAGAAAACAAGUUGUCGUCCCGGCGAUGGAGCACGAGUACCGCCAUGGCUUUCAACAUCUCUUGCCGAAAGCCGAAGUGAAUAUCAGAGCCUCAUACGGUACCCUAGUGGUGUGGCUGCAGAAUGCAGCGGGAACGGCUCGUUGGGGUCCGACAGAGGAGCGGGUGGAGGCUCUCCUGGAGGCAUGGCGACCUGGUCGAGAGCGCGAGAGAGACAGACAAGAGUUGCUCUCCCCACCGAGACCAACGACACACCAGCCAAUACCGUCCACCACCAUCUCUCUCUCAUCCACCUGCACCCCAGCAAUACCAACAACGAUAAAUCCCACGACACCAAUAACAACAGCACCAGUAGCAAUAUCACAAGUGCCCAGCACACCCCCUGUAACUCCCAAUUCAACCCCAACACCAACGAUAACACCUUUGACAGCUGUCACAGCAGCUAAUCCCGUUUGAAAAUACACUAGGAUCUCACUGGUAAGAGUAAUUACAUUUAUUUAGGGUAAUAAAAUCAUUUAUUUUCAGCUCUGAAUAAAUUUUCACUUGUAAAUAAAUCUAUGUAAUAUCAAUUUGGCUCGAACCGAUGUUUAGCAUUUUUUUUUUUUUAUCUUAGUUAUAUGAUUGCACUGAGAGACGAUAAUGAGAAAUUAAUCAAGUAUUUCUUACAUAGUGCCAGAGAAAUGUGUAAAUCUAUCAAUUUUCGUACUAUCGAGAGAUUUUCCCCGCAGAGGAAUAAUUUUUGAUGCAAUAAAAUAUCAUUUUGGGCAAUAUUUCAAUAUUUUUUCAUUCUGCGGAUAAAUUAUUCAGUAGAUGAAUAAUGAAGUGAGAUUUGUCGAAUAAAAAAUAUUUUUAUUCACUGAAUUAUCGAUUUAUUGGAAAAUUUUAAUUUUCUCACUCUAUCAUUUGACUACUGAAUUAUUAUGGAAUGAGGAGUUACAACAAUUGAAAUGUACCUAUUAUAUAGGUAUGGAAAGUGAAAAUCUGUGUGUUUUAAAAAGAAUUUCUUUCAUUAAUUUUUUAUGGAGUAAUGUUAUUUGUUGCUAUGAUGGAUUGAUCUGUUCUUCUUCUCCGAAGAUUAAAUUUCGGGAGGGCAGGUGGGAGAUUGAGAAAUAAAAUUGUAGUAUAUGGAAUAUACUUGCCGUGCAAGGUGAAAUAAAAGUCUAAAGUGGAUGGAGAAGCCAAGUCAUUGAGAUCAUUGGUAGUUUUAGGAUAGUUGUAGGGUGAGAAUGGGUUGAUCAAUGAAUUGAGAUCGAUGCAGAUGCUAAUAAGACAGUGUGCGAUGCCUAAAGUAGAUUAGAUGCGUAAAUGCUGAAAUUUAUUUCGUGUGGUCAUUUUUUAAUCGAAGAGUCUUGUAAAUAAAUUAUAAAAUGUCAAUACAUAGUUUUGUUAUAACGUAUAAAUUUUAAAUCUGCAAUUUCUCACGAAAGCAAUAAACAGAUUAUUUCAAAGAGAGGCAAUAAUUUUCUUUCCAAUAUCCAACAGUCAAAAGUUAUUCAGUCAUUGUCAAUCUCCAUGACAGAGAGCACAAAUAUAUUGGUAAUUAUUGUGCGUUAAAAAACGAUUAAUCUUUGUAAAUAAAAUCAAAGAAUGUAAGAAAUUGUAAAUAUACGUUGUCGAUCGCACGUCACUCUAAUUUUUUUAGUCCAGUGCCAAUUGAGUUACAAUUUUAUGAUAAAUUUAUCAGGACUCGGGAUCCUGUUAUCAGGGAAUUCAUAUAAAUGCUCUCACGCAAGCGCAGCCACUAGAUCCUUGUGAAAUUUCUCGCCUCGUGUUUCCCUGUUCCUCCCUCAUGGGUAUCGCCUCCAAGUCGUGCCCCUAUCGCAUUGGAAAAA